CAUAUAACUGCUUGGCCAUGCAUGUCAAAUAAUAAAACCUGCAUGUUAACUUAAUGAUAGAUUGAGUUCUGAUUGAUGCCAGGUAGCUAGGAGGUUGUUAAAUAAAAUACAAUAUUCGCUUGUUUCGGCAGUGUUAUUUUAAUUUCAAAUUCUGGAUGCAACACAGAAGUCAACGCCAAGUGUUAAUUGUUCCAUUUAGGAUGGUGUUGAUUGAAAUCAACUGCUUGAUUUCCGAAUAAGUCAUGAUGAUCAAUAUCAAUCCUUCAGAUGCAUGCGCGUUGAUUAAGUCAAUUUGCUCUCCCUGCCAGCACGGGUAUAGUUAUUCCAGCUUGGCUCAUUAUAUACUUCUCUAUCUGAGAAGACUGCACUGGAAUUAUCACUAUCAUGCAGGGCAGGCGUACAUACGAGCAUUUUUCCUUUUUGUCUUUGAAAAGCUGGCAUGAUUAUCCUUUGAACAAAGCUUCUUGCAUGUCAAGGAAAACUUGUCAAAUUGUAUACACGAGCAAAUAAAACUUGGCAAGGAAAACGUGCCCGUCAGCUGUACGGGGUUUUAUUGAGAAGCGUAUAGUGAUAAGCCGAUCACGAAGAGACUGUUUAAAUAAUUGUUGUUUUAUGGGACUCCCACUUUUUCUUAAUUUUAUAAAUUUUUAACAAGUCUCUGCUAUAUAUUUAUAUUUAUCUUCGAAAAUAACUGAACCACGCUCGCAGGCAGGGAUAUUCGGUUAACUAGCCCAGUUAGCAUCAAUUAAGCAGUUUCAUUAAACAAAUUUGACGUUUAUUGAUAGAAAAAUUAAAACAGUUUUUUCAAUAAUGCAUGAUUUAACUCCUGACGCAAAAAGAAAAAGUCCAAAACAACGUGUGUCCAACAGAGUUAAUCGGUUAGAGAGAAAAAGGUACAAAAUCAGUUAAAUCACCCGACAUUUUCCUUAUAUAUUUUUUUACAAUCAUAAGAUGUGAGAUCGACAGUGACAUCCUGAUCUAAGUCUUCUUGUAUUUUACAUAAUAGAGGCUAAUUACGGUCAGCGGACAUCAAUAGAUAAUAUAUAGUAUUGUUGAGUGUUGGUUACGUUCUCCACAUGAAUCAAAUGAUUUUCUCGUAUAGUACAACUAAAAAUACGAUGCCAGACAUCCCUUUAACAUUUGCUCGCCAUAUAUGAGCUUUUUAAGGCCGAAAACAUUUAGAGUAUAAUAGACUGUCCAUCCGCUUGUGAAUUAUGCGCGUAUAUUAUAAGAGAGAACGUCAAAUUUGUUUUAGUUUCUAAAAUACGAAAGUAAUAUAGAGCUUCACUGCAUGUUUUGCAGCUGCAGCUGACAGUGUUAUCAAUCAGUCAAUAAAGAAAUACGUGUCGCGUUUGUAUUCAUCAAGUUUAUGUAUGUAUGCACGACCAAUUGUGUGGCAGUUUGCGCGUAUCUCAGUAUAGAUUUCGGUAUUUCUUCAAAUGUGCGUAUCAGUAUUAAAACUUUAAUUAAAUUAAUAUAAAGUAUGCAGGGAUUACAAAACAAACUUUGCAUGGUAUUACUCCGUUUACAAAAGAGAGCCGCAUGCAUGCAUGCAUAAUUUAUUCAGGCAUUAUACAUGAAGAAGUGUUCGCCCAUGACUUCAGAAAUGUGUGCACUAAAAAUGGAAUAAUUCUCCAAAGUUGUACCUUUCCAACAACUGGGCCCGAAAUGUUGUUGCGGAUGACAAAAUGGCAGCAAAUAAAUUCCUUUAAAGAAUGCUUUUGCAAACGCAACAAGGUUGUUUUCGUGCCCCUGUUUUCAUGCGCCGGCAAAUUCUUUUAAAAGAAUUUAAAAUUGCAAUAACACGAGCUUUUUUAAUCUUUAAUGAAUUGUAAAAAAGAUAAAACUAUCUGAAUACUAAUAACAUUCCGACCUCUUUGGAUACUUUUAUAUAUAUGAGAUGGUUCAUUCUCCAAAGCUGGCAUGCCUAUUAGCUGGCAUAGCUAUAUAAUAUUGGGACCGCGGACUUAUCCAUUGUUAAUGUCUUGAAGUUAAAAUACGUGCGCCUGAUUGAAACACAUCAUAGAAGAAAUACCGUAUGAUGUGAAACGUUUUAUUCUAGAAAUACUUGACGUGCGUCAUAGUGGUAAACCUAUCGUCAUGGUAAACCUAUCUUUGCCGGAAUUCCCGUGGUUUUAAUGGAAGAUGAAAGGCACUCAGAUACAUAGAAUUAAUGCAAUUUACUCGAUAUUUUUAUUAAGCGUUUAGAAGAUUAAAUGUUCAGUAGUUCCACGUGUGAGAAUAGAUGAGGAAAAUACUAAUUACAGCUGAUUGAAAAAAAACUCCAUUAUUCAUUACAACGGGAUUUCUACCAAAAUAUAUGGCAGCAGAGCCAAUACUACACUGUAGUUUUUAGCUCAUGCAGAAUUAAUUUCUCUUCGUCGUCCAAUCCAACGAGUUCUUACUGACAUUACCAACGAUACGUUUAGCUAUUCCGGAAUAAACUAUCGCUGCAUGGGCUACUUUAUCUUGUAAUAAAGACAGAAUAAUGGAUGCUGAUGACGUUAAAGAAUUUAAUGGCGGGUACCAGAAACCUCAUUAUAAAGAUAAAAGACAGAGAUACUCUCGCAAUAUUUGGGACCAAUUUGUAGCACAGUCAACACUACAUGGCUUGCAUUACGUUUUCGAGAAGCGUCCAGUUCCACAGCGCCUAUUUUGGCUUAUUUUGAAUGCGUUGAUGUUCUCUUUGUUCUUGUGGCAAACACUGAAUUUAGCUUUAGCCUUUUUAGAUUACAAUGUGAGCAGUACGAUUGAGUUUGUAACCGAACGGGAAAGCAGUUUUCCUGCUGUCACAUUGUGCAACUUCAACAUGUACCGGAAAAGUGAAAUAAACAACACUGAGUUCUACGAAGUACUAAAAGAGAAAAAUCCGCUCUAUCCUAAAAAUAUUACAAUUGAUUGGAAGAAAUAUGCCAACGUAAAUACUAUAGACGUCGAGGACCUAAUUCUGAAAGCAGGACAUCAAAUGAGUUAUAAUGAGACUACCGGAAAGGGAAUGCUCUAUGGCUGCAAAUGGAAAGGAAAGAAAUGUGGUGAAAUGAACUUCACAAGAAUACUGACAGAUAUGGGACUGUGUUAUAUGUUUAACUCAGGGAAAGAUACGCCAAUUCGAAAGGUGAACGCCCCAGGAAAACAAUUUGGACUACAUUUGAGGAUGUCGGUUGAACAAGACGAAUAUGUAGGUCACGUGGCAUUUUCGGCAGGUUUACGAAUAAGAAUUCAUGAUCCAGAUGAACCGCCACUUGUGUCGAGUUUGGGUUUUGCAGUCAUGCCUGGUUCGCAUGUCUUCGCAAGUAUAUCAAGACAAAGAACGAAGUCUCUCAAAUCCCCUUUCAAAACAAUGUGCCAAGAUAAAGAUCUGCCUGGGAUCAAAGCAUACACUAUUGCUGCAUGCCAUGAAAAUUGCAAGCAAAAUCACAUUGCCAAAGAAUGCCGCUGUCGGCCAUUCUAUAUGAAAGAAAAUAUUACAGAGUUCAAACAAAAAUGUACCGUUGAAAAAUAUUUUGACUGUGUUCUUCGCAUUGAAGGGGAAUUCUCCAGUUCAUCGUUGGAUAAUUGUCAAUGUACAGAACCGUGUGACACAAUGAAGUAUUCUACUUAUCUAUCUUAUGGUACAUUUCCUGGUGUAGAAGCAGCGAAAGAAUAUGCAAAUGGUUCAGUUAAAGCAUUGAAGAGUUUCACGCAAUGUGAUGACAUAAGUGCGGCACUAAGACAAUAUGACGAGGUUAAUGAUACAGACGAGGAAGAUGAAUUUACAUGCAAAAAUCUACUUGCAAUGGAUAUAUUUUACGAAGAUUUAAACUAUCACGUUAUCAAACAAGUGCCGGCGUAUUCUUUGCCGAAUUUACUUGGUGAGAUCGGUGGAUUGAUGGGAUUGUUUCUUGGUGCUAGUAUCUUGACCGUUCUGGAGUUUUUUGAUGUCGGUAUGGUUGCUCUUCUGACUCGUCUUGGAAUUUAUAGACCUUUGUAAACGCCUACAGGAAGAUUGUUUCAAGCAUUGGACAGCGUAUUGGGGGAUUAUCUCAUAGGAAAUGAUCCCAAAAGUAGUCCAUAUGCAAUCUUGGGUACCAAGAGCUUUUUGGUGUGAGGCUGCAAACAUGAAACUUUCAAAAAAUAGAAAAAAAUUCACAGCCCUUUGUUUGGCAUAUAAUUAUUUAAGAGAAAGCACUUUAUAACAUUGCGUGUUCUUUCUCAGUAUGCACUAUAUGCAAAAUAAGUAUCUUAAUAUUUAAUUUAUAUCGGACUCUUUCUGAAAACGUGCGUGUAUGUGUCAAUAUUAUAUGGAGAUUUUGUGAAAAUAAUUGCUCCAAACGUUCGCGCACAAGGUUAAUAGAUCCAGGGCGCUGUAAAACACCCUGAUAGAUCUCAUCAGUUGGCACAUCUUUCCGUAGAUACAAAAUUAUGUAAGAUAAUGAAAACUCCUUGAACUCGGACCUAUAAUCAUGCUCUUGUUAAAUAUUCGGCAUUGGGAAAACGUCUUUUUAAUUGGUAACAAAAAAAAAUGUUGUAAAUAUUUAUCCGAAAUAAUAUAAUA